AUGGCAGGAAAACACCAGCCCUGUACCCGCAAGCACCAUGGCCACUGUCUCUAUUCAGCCCUCAUCCUGCACAACGACAAGGUGACCAUCACGGAGGACAAGACCAACACCCUCAUUAAGGCAGCUGACAUCAAUGUAGAGCUCUUCUGGUCUGGCUUGUUCGCCAAGGUCCUGGCUAAUGUCAACAUCAGGAGCCUCAUCUGCAACGUCAGGGCUGGUGGACUGGCCCUGGCAGCAGAUGCUGUCCCAGCGGAAGGCCCUGCACCCACCGCCGCUGCUGCAGCUGAGAAGAAAGUGGAAGCGAAGAAGCUAGAGUCUGAGGAGUCUGAUGACAACAUGGGCUUCAGGCUUUCUUGA